AUAAUAACUGAACUCAGGUUAGCAUGGAGGCAGAACCUGCACGAGAAUAAACACGUCUCAUCACACAAACAUAAAGCAGCAGCUUGAACGAACUCCCCGUUUCUUCGCUGUGUAAGCUAACAGGAGACCGUCUGACCCGGUAGCAGCGGCGGCAGCAUGUCGGUGGACAGCGUGUUCCGAACCCGGUCUCUCGGCGUGGCGGCCGUGGGUCUUCCGGACCAGUACGCGGACGGGGAAGCGGCCAAAGUGUGGGAGCUGUACAUCGGAGACAUUCAGAGCCGAACCCAGGAGUACAAAAGCUGGCUGGUGGCUCUGCUGAAACAACACGGGGUCCGGAGGGUUCUGGACGUAGCCUGCGGAACCGGAGUCGACUCCAUCAUGCUGGUUGAAGAAGGCUUUAAUAUGGUCAGCGUGGACGCCAGCGAUAAAAUGCUCAAAUACGCUCUGAAGUCCAGAUGGGAGCGGAGAAAAGAGUCGGUCUUCGAUCAGUGGGUGAUCGAAGAGGCCAACUGGCUGACGUUACCCGAAGAUGUUCAGAAACCUGGAGACGGUUUUGAUGCCGUCAUCUGCCUCGGGAACUCAUUCGCACAUUUACCGGACUUCAAAGGAGACCAGAGUGACCAGAAGCUGGCUCUUCACAACAUUGCCAGCAUGGUGAGACCCGGUGGGAUCCUCAUCAUCGACCACCGCAACUACGACUACAUCCUGGAGACCGGACGGGCGCCACAGGGCAAAAAUAUUUACUACAAGAGUGAUUUAACUCAGGACAUCACCACCUCGGUGCUGUGGGUCAACAGUAAGCCUCAUAUGAUCACUCUGGACUACACCAUCCAGGUACCUCAGACCACGCUGCAGAAACUUCCUGGAGUCAG